AUGGAGGACACAGUAGCGGAGAAGAAGCCCCGGACCGCCGGCGACGGCGACGGAGACGGCUGCAACGGCGAGCCCUCCGGCACCGCAGAGAGCAGCGGCGGCGGGGGUGGCGGCCUGGUCGAGAGGCUCCCCGAGGCGCUCCUGGUGGAGGUGCUGGGCCGUCUCGACCUCGACGACGCCUGCUCCGCCGCCGCGUCCUGCCGCUCGCUCCACGCCGCCGCCAACGCCGCCCUCUCCGCCGUCACCGCCAUCGACCUCUCCGCCUUUGCCCCGUCGAACGCCAUCCUAGGCAGGAUUCUCGCGGGGAACGGCGCGGUCCGCAUCCUCACCGUCAAUUGCAGCCUCCUCGACGACUCCGCCGCCUCCGUCAUCGCCAGGGGUAGCCUGCGCGAGCUCUCGCUGCUCAAGUGCUCCUUCUCCAUGAGCUUCUUUGUGGCUGUUGGCGCAGGAUGCCGCAAUUUAAGAUCGUUGAAGCUGGAGAUGGCGGUUGCUCCGGACAUUCUAUAUUCUCGUUAUUCUGGAUUCGGUACUUGCCUAGCACCUAUCUACACGGGAUGUGUUUACUUGGAGACUCUUUGGGUGAAGUUCCCUCUGCUAGAUCCACGCACAGCUGAAUACGAGACUGGAACCGGAUUGCCUCUCAUUCCUAGUAACAUCAAGGACCUGUUGCUACAGCCUGUAUCUCAUUCUAGGGCAAAGACAGUCUUCCUGAAAACCACAUCUCUGAACAAACACAUCACUGACAGUUUGGAAUCACUCUCUUUAGUUCUCGACACAAUAACGGAUGAACUCGUUAUGUUGAUCACCAGUAAUGUCCACAAGUUGGUUGAGCUGUGCCUGGAAGAUGAACCUGUUACCCAACCAAAUUUGCCUGAAGAUUUGACCAAUGUUGGGCUUCAAGCACUUGGCUUAUGCCACAACUUGAGACAUUUGUCUCUGACACGUCGUUGCUGCGACUUCAGACGGGUAAGUGAUGCAGGGUAUGCAGCCCUUCUCCACUCUGGGAAGGACCUGAAGAAGUUUGAGGUCAGCAACGGCUCGUGCUUGUCAGACUUGGCAUGCCUAGAUCUUGAAAAGGCAGCUCCAAACAUUUCAGAAGUGAGGUUGCUUAACUGUGCUCUCCUAACUAGUGAUACCGCCAAAUCUCUAGCACCCUGCACUAACUUGAGGGUUCUCGAUCUCUCGGGUUGCAAGAGCAUUGCAGACUCUGGCUUGGUUUCCAUCUCAAAGCUCCCCAACCUAACUCUACUGGAUCUUGCUGGAGCUGACAUUACUGAUGCGGGUUUAUCAGCACUCGGUAAUGGGAGGUGCCUGAUAUCUUCUUUGUGCUUGAGAGGGUGCAGAAGGAUCGGCAGUAAUGGAAUAGCUUCACUGUUGUGCGGGACUGGCACCAUCAACAAAACAUUAAUUUCGCUUGACAUCGGGAAUGUACCAAGAAUAUCAUGUCGGGCUGUGACAGUGAUUGCCAGGAACUGUGAGCAGAUAAGCAGCCUGUGUCUGCGGAACUGCCUCCUCAUAACUGAUUCGUCUCUCGAAGUGCUAGGUUCUAUGGGAUGCGACUCCAGUAAAUGUUCCCUGAGAAUGCUUGAUCUUGCCUACUGCAGUAAGCUGUCUCGAAACUUCCUGAGACACUUUGAGCCACCACAGUUCCGAGGGCUGCGGUGGCUUGGCGUCGGUAAGAAUGUGGCACAACGUCGUGGCUGCAGCCCGACAGUUGCGGAGGUUCUGGAGCGAAAGCCUGGAUUAACCAUCUGCUGCAACGCCUGCGACAUGGGCUGCAGGAACAAGUCCCAUCCAGACAUUCGUUUUCUUCAGUAG